AUCUCCGGCAGGGAAUGGGAAUACUUUUGAUUUUAACAGAUUAGGUAUACGCGGCCCUUUUUUAGUAUACGCGGGAAAUUUUACCAUACAGUCCACGUUGGCGGAAGCGGCAAAUUGCAGAAGAUGUCAUCUCAUUAAAGACCAGAUUUUGUUCAUUCUUAGGGAAGUCAUCGAUCCUCUUUCUGAGGUGUAGAAGGCUUCGCAGGGCGGUAUGCUGUGUCAAUUAAAUCACAAUUCCAUUUUGUUAUCUUUCAUAUCUGAUAGCUGUUGAAACUCUGUUUACAGCCGUGUUUUCCUAAUCCAAUCUCAGAGUUUGAGGUCCCUUUUCAGGGUUUGAUGUGUCCUUAGAGUUUUAAAGAGCAAGCCUUCCCUUGCAGUUUUUUGGGGCAAAUGUCAGAUUUGGGCAUUGGUUUGAAUCGAAUUAGGUGAUUCGAUCUGGUGAUUGUUCGAUCGGUGAGUGGGGGAAAUUAGAGGGUUUGAUUGUUUUGAGGUUUUGCCAAUUUGAUCGCCUGAAAUUUUAGAUCCAUCUGGUGGCAUUUGGCGUUCAAAGACAAGGCGGAAGAAAAAGAACAGGGUAUGGAUGAAUUCGUCAUUGUGAUUUUUCCGUUGUGAAUCUCACAUAUUUAGAGUUUGUUGUAGUUUGAUUUGAAAUGCAAUCAUAUUAAAGGGCUCCUGAAACUGUAGAAACCCUUAUGUUUUGUUUUAAAAAUAAGGUAUGGUUUGCCAGAUUUGAGAUCAUUAGUGUUUUUCUCUUCGGGAUUUGAUCAUCUACCCAAAACAGAGGGCUUACUGAACUGUAGAAGCCUAUAUGUUUUGAUUUUUAAAAUAAGAUUUGGAUUGUCAAUUUGAGACUAUUGGUAUUUUCUGUUCCAGUGCUUGAUAGUUUCCCCAAAAUUAAGGGAGAAAUCAGUUGGGUAUUAUUGAUAUGGUCUACUGUCUGGAAAAAUUUAGAUCUCAUGGGAAGAUUUUAUAGAAAUUAAUGGGCAAAUCAGUUGGAUGUUGUUGAUGUGAUGAUCUGUUGUGGAAAAAUCAAGCCUCGUGGGAAUUCGUCCAAGGUGUCCAGAAUUUUUGAUCGCAUGCAAAGGGUAUUGAAUGUAUGGGAACAAAGGGUUUGUGCAGGAUUCCAGAGGGGUUCCGAGUUUUAGAUUGAUUCUUGAACAUUUGGGGGUGCUUGUUUGUGAGAAAAUCCAAGAUACGCUUUCUAGUCACCAAACAACUUGGAUUCUGACUAUUUGAUAAUCGUUUUCAAUUAAGAAGAUGAAAGUUUGAAGGCUAUCAUUCCCAAAGUUGUGUUUUUGUCGCACAGAACGUAGCAUUUUCACAAUCUGAAUCCCUGAAUACGUCAGAUUUAGAUUUUAUCUCUCCUGCAAAGAUUCUGAUAACCAGACAACUUGAUACUGGGACGUCUCCAAAGCAACUGAAGGUCCUGUCGUUUUGGGUUCACUUUAGAUUGAUAAGUUUCUAACCCAGAACGUAUCUUUAUAAUAAUCUUGCCAUUUAAUUGACAAUGAUGGCACAGCCAAAGUGUGUAGCUAAAAAAGAGGUUGGAUCUGCUGCUGCUUACAAGGAAGCCCAUUUCAGGGGAGUCAGAAAAAGGCCGUGGGGAAGAUUUGCUGCAGAAAUCAGAGAUCCAUGGAAGAAAACCCGUGUAUGGCUUGGGACAUUCGAUACAGCAGAGGAAGCAGCGAGAGCAUACGAUAAUGCAGCCAGAGCUCUCAGAGGUGCCAAGGCAAAGACUAAUUUUGCCUUCGUUCCUUGUGAUGAUAGUAGUACUAGUCUAAGCAGCACCGUAGAGUCUUGGAGUAGUCCUAAGACUACAAAUAACAGUAACAAUAACACAAGGAGGAGCUUAUCCUCAAAUAAAGCAGAGAAUUUUAGAAAUAGUAUUGAUCUGAAUAUGAACAUUGCCCAAGAGGCAUUUAAGAAGAGGUAUUUAGAAGGGCAAAUCCCUGAUGCAUUAAGGAACCAAAAGCCAUUCAAGAGAAGCUGUGCACGAGACAGAGCUGCAGAGACCUACAAUUGGUCGAGACAAAACUUUCCACAGAUGGGUUUUGAUCCAAAUGCAUGCCACAGUGACUGUGAUUCAUCCUCAUCGGUUGUUGAUGAUGAAGAAGUAGGCACGGCUACUAGCUUAAGGCCUGAAGGAGCCAGGCCACUAUUGCUGGAUUUGAACCUGCCACCGUGUGACGAUGAAGAGGGUUUUGGCAGCAUGGCAUUAUGUCUUUAACUUCACCGUUUCUUCUUUGAUUGAGUUCUUAUUGGGUACCCGUAUCCUCCAAAGGCCAUGGCCCAUGUUAUCGUAUUAAGUGAAAUGCAUUAUCCUAUUUCUUGCCAUCGAAGCAAUCAAUUAAAAUUCAGUGCAAUCCUAUAGCAGAAGUUCUUUAUCAACAAGGCUUUAAUAAUGAAUGAAUUCUUUGUUUGUAUGCCAGUUGAUUGUAAUGGUUAAGAUUAUUACCAUUUCAACCACAUGGAAGUGCAUUUACACUUCAUGUUUGAACAAUACGAUAGGAAGAAUAUUAAUCAAAUCACAGGCGAUGGGAAUAUGUGAAAAUUGGUUAUCACAA